UCGCGCUUAUCCCAAAUAGGAGCACAAACGACCUACCAACUUACACAGUUCACUUCUCGAUUUCCGCUUGUCUGUACAAUUGUUCUCACUGCAUAAGUAUUAUAAUCCAUAAACGAACAAGUAUUCUUGGGAUUUUCAUUGUUGAUCGCUGGUCACCUUCGUUAUUGACGUCACAACAGACAUCCGUAUGAAUGUGUUGUUUCUUAUCUAUAAUCUAGCUCUCAAAGUUCAGUCAGAAGAUGGGAAUCAAGUUUCAAUGGGUUUGCUUGGUAUUGACUGUACAAGCGCUGAUUGUUGCUGGAGAGUUUUUUAAGCCGUUCAAUGUGAGCUACGAUGGCAGAGCGAUCAUCAUUGAUGGAAAACGGCGGAUGCUAAUCUCCGGUGGAAUUCACUACCCCAGAGCCACUCCUGAAAUGUGGUCCGAUCUGAUUUCUAAGAGCAAGGAAGGUGGAGUUGAUGUCAUUGAAACAUAUGUAUUUUGGAAUGGCCAUGAGCCGGUAAGGGGACAGUAUAAUUUUGAAGGACGAUACAAUAUUGUGAAGUUUGUGAAGCAAGUGGGUUCCAGUGGACUUUAUUUAUUUCUUCGUAUCGGUCCUUAUGUAUGCGCUGAGUGGAAUUUCGGGGGCUUUCCUGUUUGGCUUCGUGAUAUACCUGGUAUUGAAUUUCGAACAGACAACAUUCCCUUCAAGGAAGAAAUGCAGCGGUUUGUCAAAAAGAUAGUGGCUUUGAUGCGAGAGGAGUCACUCUUCUCUUGGCAAGGUGGCCCAAUUAUUAUGUUGCAGAUUGAAAAUGAAUAUGGAAAUAUCGAAAGCUCUUAUGGCCCUAAAGGAAAAGCCUAUAUGAGAUGGGCAGCCAAAAUGGCAGUUGGGCUUGAUGCUGGUGUUCCAUGGGUUAUGUGUAAGCAAACUGAUGCACCAGAGUACAUAAUAGACACCUGUAAUAGGUACUACUGUGAUGGUUUCAAGCCAAAUUCCAAAAAGAAGCCAAUAGUUUGGACUGAGCACUGGGAUGGAUGGUAUACAAAUUGGGGUGAUAGAGUUCCUCAUCGUCCUACUGAAGAUAUUGCAUUUGCAGUUGCACGCUUUUUCCAGCGUGGAGGUAGCUUUCAGAAUUAUUAUAUGUACUUUGGUGGAACAAACUUCGGCCGAACUGCAGGAGGCCCAAAUAUCAUCACUAGCUAUGAUUAUGAUGCACCGAUUGAUGAAUAUGGACUUCUGAGACAGCCUAAGUGGGGACAUUUGAAAGAUCUUCAUGCUGCUAUCAAGCUUUGCGAGCCUGCUCUUGUUGCUGUUAAUUCGCCUCAUUAUAUCAAAUUAGGACCACAACAGGAGGCACACGUCUACAGUUAUAAUGGAAGCAAGUGCUCAGCAUUUCUGGCUAAUAUUGAUGAGCACAACUCUGCAACUGUAAAAUUCCGUAAUCAAGCAUACAUUUUACCUCCAUGGUCAGUGAGUAUAUUGCCAGAUUGCAGAACCACUGCCUUUAAUACUGCUAAGAUUGGGGUGCAGACUUCAAUUAAAACAACUGGAUUGGAUGUUGCUUCUUAUUCGAAUGAUCCUGCACCUUUGAAAUUGAUGGCACCGUACGAGGUUGACUAUAUUUCGAAAACCUGGAAGUUUCUUAGAGAGCCAAUUGGUGCGUGGAGUGACAGCAACUUCACAUACCAAGGUAUUCUGGAGCAUUUGAAUGUGACAAAGGACCAUUCAGAUUAUUUAUGGUAUUCAACCAGAAUAUACAUUUCUGAUGAGGACAUCUCAUAUUGGGAAGAGAAUCAAGCUAGUCCUGUGCUUACCAUUGACAGCAUGCGGGAUUUCGUGUGUAUAUUUGUCAAUGGCCAAUUCAAAGGUAGUGCAAAAGGAAAAUGGAUAAAGGUAGUUGAGCCUGUUGACCUCAUACAAGGGCAUAAUGACAUAACACUGUUAUCUCAAACAGUGGGCUUGCAGGUAAUCUACUUGGUACUCUUUUUCUGUGGUUAA